AUGUCAGAUCUAAUUCCUAAGGAUGCGUUCUCAUCCGUCACUGAUGCUUUAGCCAUUGUCUCAGACGCUGUAUGCAAUGCAUCUCUUGUAUCUAAUACACUCUCUGCUCUUCCUUUCAGUAAUUCAACAAAAUUCUUGGCUGUAGCUGGUGUCGCAGCGUUUGGAUAUUACGUUGAUCAAAAGCUCUUGAUCUCUUCGGAUCUCUAUCAUUCGGGCAUGCAAGCGUUAGCAUUACUACAAGCCAAACGUUAUGCAUGGAAUGGUCAUUUAGUACCAGAUUUGUUUGAGCAAAGUGUCGAGAAAUGGCCACAUAAACCUUGUAUCCAGUUAGGACGACGUAUACUAAGCUUUCAGGAUGUUGACCAUGCUGCUAAUCGUGUAGCACAUUGGAGUCAAAAGCAAGGGAUUAAACGUGGCGAGACAGUUGCAUUAAUGAUGGAGAAUCGACCUGAAUUUAUUAUUGUGUGGCUUGGUUUAGCCAAAGUUGGAAUUGUGACAGCGUUAUUGAAUACGCACUUACAACCUGAUGGACUUGUUCAUUGUACUCGAAUUGCUGAUACAAAGUGGAUGAUUGUAGGUGAAGAAUUAGUUGAGAAAGUAGCAGAUGUGGUGAAUCGAAUGAAAGAGAUGAAAUUCUAUAUCUAUGGAGACGGAUCUUUAACUUCACAAAAGGCUGCAACGUAUUUUUCGCAAGCGUGUUCAUUGGAUGUCGAACUAUUGAAAAUGACUACAGAACGACCAUGUACAAAAGUUCGACGCGAAUUAUUAACGUCGGAUGUGGUUCUGCUCAUUUAUACAAGUGGUACAACAGGUUUCCCAAAAGCUGCUCGUGUGAAUCAUUUUAGUCUCAUCUUGCGCUCUUUGGUAUUUAAAUACUCAAUGCAUUUGACAAUCAAUGAUCGAUUGUAUUGUGCCUUACCAUUGUAUCAUACAUCUGGUGGAACUCUUGCGGUUGGACUUAUGCUUUUUUCGGGUGCUACACUUUGUUUAUCGCGACGAUUUUCAACAACCAAGUUUUGGGACGAAGUUCGGGCAUAUAACUGUACAGUUAUUCAAUAUAUUGGUGAAAUGUGUCGCUAUUUAAUGAAUGCACCGAUGAAACCAAAUGAUAAACAAAAUCAUGUACGUGCAGCUUUUGGAAAUGGAUUGCGUCCCGAUAUUUGGGCUCCAUUUCAAGAACGAUUUGGAAUACCAUCUGUCUAUGAAUUUUAUGGCUCAACAGAAGGUCCAAUGGGCUUAUUAAAUGCUUGUACGACGAAAGCAGAUCAAGGUCAUCUUGGUCAACGUGGUUAUUUAACAAAUCUCAUUACGGGAGUUGCUAUUGUCAAGUAUGACGUUGAUAAAGAUGAUUAUAUUCGAUCAAAAAAUGGAUUUCUUCAGCAAUGUGAAGUGAAUGAACCAGGAGAACUUCUUGUGAAAGUAAACAAGAAAGAUCCAGCACGAGGAUUUCAAGGUUAUUAUAAAAAUCCAAACGAAUCAAAUCAAAAGGUUUUAACCAAUGUCUUUCGAAAAGGUGAUAUGUAUUUUCGAACAGGUGAUUUGUUUAAAGAAGAUGAAAGACAUUGUUGGCACUUUGUUGAUCGUGUGGGUGAUACAUUUCGAUGGAAAGGCGAGAAUGUGGCAACAAAUGAAGUCGCAGAGACAAUCUCCAAGUUUCCUGGUAUAGAGGAAAUUUGUAUUUAUGGUGUUCAAGUACCAGGAACUGAUGGUCGAGCGUGUAUGGCUGCUAUGGUCUUUGAUGACAAAUUGUUUAAGUGGAUGGAAUUUUCGAAAUUUGUGAAGCAACAACUUCCAUCGUAUGCGAUUCCACUUUUUCUACGUCAAGUCAAAACAAUUUCUGUCACUGGUACAAUGAAACAAGAAAAGGCAAAGCUACGGAAAGAAGGAAUGGAUCCAUCAAAGAUUUGUGAUCGUCUUUGGGUCUAUCAUCGAGUUAAAGGAACUUAUGAACCUCUUACAAGUGAUAUGUAUCACAAUGUAAUUACCAAUUCUCGUUUAUAG